AUGCAACAUGCAAGUUCAACAACCCAUGAAACUGUAUACAAGUUUGCGGCGAGACAACAGCUUCAGAAUGUGCUUCAGGUAUUAAAACGAUAUCUGUUUGUUAUAUCUAACUCUUUAAAAAGAACUAAUGAAUUGCAAUCAACUAUUUGUCAUUGCAAGUGUCAAGCCUAUUUAAUGUCGUUUCAUUUCCCCUCCAGUAUAAUGAAAUGUAAAUUGAGCUCAAAUUGA